AUGUUCUCUAUGGACGAAACAGUCAACCGACAAGUUUUCUCGAAUAAUCCCGCGGCCGCGAAAAAAGCAAUGAUAUUCAGGCAGUCUGCUUUGUCGACUGCUGUGGAAUGCUUAAAAUCGAAAGCGAAAUCUCCGACUACACUAGAACAAGAUAAUAUUAGUCAAAAAGAUUCAAAUCUUCCGAUUGCUAUUACCUCUAUCAUGCCAAGCCAGCCACCCCUGAAUGAUGCCCCAAGUGUCGCACCUUCGGGCUUCGUUUUUGGUGAAGGAAUGUCGUCCCGUGUCACGAAUGCAAAUUCGCUUCAAAGUGCCACUCUUAAUCUCUGGGAGGCAGCCUCUAAGGAAGACGAUUCCCUGCAGGAUUCUGCUACGGAGUCUGAGCCAGUUAACUCGAACUGUCUAUUUACCAAACUUGCUCAAAUCGUUACGUCACGUGGCGAAUCACGCCCUAAGUGUUUAGAAGAUUCUGCAGCAAAAGUUGAGGAGGAACAGCGACGACUUAAGGCGGAACUUGCUAAAGUUGACAAGGUAACAGGAGAGGAAAAUGAAGAAUCUAUCCUAAAAACCUCUUGCAAAGCCUACGUAUUCGAUAAAUAUAAACAGACCUGGAGCGGGCUCGGAGCCUCCUACCUCCAUCUCAACGAUUCAUCAGAGAUUGGC